GAUGAAAGUAUAGAAAAGUUCAUGCUUGGUGAUCUGAGUUUUGACUCAUCAGUUAAAAAAUCUUCUGAAGUAAUGAUGAGCAGUAGCAAUGAUAGAGAAGUCCCCAUUAAAGAAUUCCAGCUUUACGAGAAUCAAAAAACAAAUAAUUAAGUUGACAUCUUUAAAAGAAGGUGCUGUUGAUGAACUUGAAAGCAAAUAGCAGAUUUGAUUUCUUUAAAGAGGUUCUAGCAGAUAACUCCAAUAGAAAUCUUUACCACACACUCACAAAAUUCAACCAAACUGAGAACUUCUCUGUGGAUAGACCUACCAGGACGUUAAGCCCAUUCCAAAAGAAUAGGCACUCUAAACCUCCGUUGCCAAAAAGUGUAGACAGAUAUUCUCUUAGGGAGCAAUUUAAACGGAAAAGUAAAAGACCAAAGCCUUCAUACUUCGAUUUCGGCCCUAAUUGCUUUUACAUGUCUGAGAAAAUUGAUGAUUUCAAAUGGGACGACAUCACAAACAAGCAACUUGCUGAUAAGGUUCGGAUGAGUAUUCUAGAAGUAGACCAAGUGCUUCAGAUCAAUAAUUUUGCUCAAACUCAACGUAGUCAAUCUACUUGUCCUAAAAUAGAAAAGCCUCAGAGCUUUCUGAAUAAAGAUGAAGAUAAUUUCCGCACACCAAGUCCUAAGAGUUCUUUCCAUAAGUUUAGAGAGUUCCUAAAGUCAAACAAUUUGGUGUCUAAUGCUCAAAAGAAUGAAUGAGAGGUUGAAAUGGGCAGGAACCUUUUCAGCAACCCCCUUACAGGCUCUAAAGUAUCAAAUCAGACUAACUGAGAUACUGAGCUUAAGGAGGAUAUCUUGAGACCCAAGACAACUCUCUCUCCUAACCUAAGAUAUAAACAAUUGGAUAAUACUGAUCUCAUUUCACCGAGAAAUAAUAUUGUGAUCACUGAUGAAAUGAAAUUUUCGAAUAUCGACUCUUCAAACGAAGAGAAGGCCUCUUCUAGUGGAGAAAUCAAGAGAGAUCCCUCAAAAGAUGUAUCUCAAAAGUCAAUCAAUCAGUUAUCUAAGAAUUUGGAGUGCAUCAUGGAAGACUCUUUUUGAGAGCUCGAAGAGUCAGACAUCUCUCAUCUAAAUAAAUCUCCUACGCUUAAAACUGAGCCAAUCUUGUUUUCGAUCCGAAUGACCGAGGAUCAAAUAAGAAAUGGAGAGGAUAUCGAAAAUCCUAUUAGAGAGGAAGUAAAAUACGUUGUCCCAAAGCUUGGAUUACUUGCUGCUCAGUUACCGUUAGACUCUAUAUCUGAGGAUGUGAAUAGCCCGUACUUUGCCAGUUCUCAAAGCGAUACUAACUCAUGAGAGAUGUAUCCGGACAAUUCUAGCCAAAUUAGAGAGGAAAGUUUUAUUCCAAAAUCUAAAUACACUACUAUUGACAAGAACGAUCAGGUUACUACUCAUGAAGACCAACAUUUACAAAGAUAUGGUACUUUCCAGACAGCGACGUCUGUCAGUGAAAACUAUAUUGAUAAUGCUAAUUUGGAAACCCUUGAACACAAGUUAGAGAAGAUAUGCUCAAAAUAGAAAUAAAAGGAUAGAAAUCUUUGAAUCAUACUUAAAUCAGUGGCAGAAAGAGAAAUUUAGAACUAAUUCUGCUCCAAAGCGCCCUGUCAAUACCAAGAAACCCUCUGUCUGCUCAUCUCAAUUAACAAAGGCACUCGAAAACAAACAAAAAAGUCUAAAUAAAUUGAAGACAAAAGCUGAGCCAAAGAAAAAGCUCAAGAUCAAAAAGCCGUGCUCUAAAAGAAAACCUUCAAAUUUCUGGAUCAGUAACCCUGAAGAAGGCUUGAAGCGGAAUAUAUUCAGUCCUAUUCUCAAGACUGGAAGGAGGAAUAAUAGGUAUUCUUAAUAUCAGCUUAAAAAAUUCUCAA